GUGAUUUUUUAAUCACGCGACCCACGUGGUAUUAAAUAAGCGAUGCCUAUGUUCAAGCAAGCCCUACGCUUCAUUAGAGGACUUGGUAGCUGUCGGUCAUUAGCAGUGAGAGCAUGUCGUCCCGUAUCCUCUGAUGCACUCUCCAGAGAAGAGCUCCAAGUGGCAGAAUCGGUACUGGCUAGACUAAAUAGUGAGGCUAAAGAGGAUGAACCCGCGGCGUCUAUUAGAGUGGCCCACCUCCCCCUAAAAGCAGGAGAAUGGAGUCGUACGUCACGUCGUUGUGGAGCUGUAGCCAUCAAGUUAGGUAUGAGUCAAGUAUGGACUAAAGAGGGGACCUCCGUAGCUGUCACCCUCCUCCAGAUUGUGGACAAUGAGGUGGUGAUGGUUCGUACACGCGAGGGAGAGGGGUACAAUGGACUACAAGUUGGAGCAGUCAACCAUCCUAAGAUUAGGAAUAUAACCAAACCUGUGCUGGGUCAGUAUACAAAAGCUGAUGUAACACCAAAGAGAGUCUUACAAGAGUUCAGGGUAUCGGAGGAUGCUCUCCUCCCAGUGGGCACAUCUAUCACAGCCUCACACUUCACACCAGGCCAAUAUGUCGAUGUCUGUGCCAAGACCAUUGGGAAGGGCUUUGCUGGAGUGAUGAAACGUCAUGGUAUGAGCGGUAUGCCAGCCUCGCAUGGCGUGACUAAGGCUCACCGUAAGAUGGGUGCCACUGGAGGAGGUCAAGAACCUGGCAGGAUAUGGCCUGGUAAGAAGAUGCCAGGGAGGAUGGGGGGAAAGAGAGCUACAGCACAAUGCCUCAAGGUGUACAGAGUCAACCAUAAGUACAACGUACUGUAUGUUAAAGGACCUGUGCCAGGACAUACUAAUACUUAUGUGCGAGUGACAGAUGCUAGGAGGAAGCCACGCCCACACCACGCCCCAUUUCCAACAGGAGGUGGUCCAGAGACUGAGGAGAGUUAUUGCACUGAUAUCCACUUCCCACACCAACCAACACUAGACUUCCCUGAUAAGAGAAAGAAAUAGUUUGUAUAAUGAUAAUUAUGUUAUUGUUUAGUGCACGCAGUUUCUUGUACAAACGAUCUCAUUAGAAGUGCUUGGUUAACAAGAG